AUGGCAGACCUGAAAGAGUUUGACGUCUUGCGCGUCGGGCGAAGUGAUGGCGCAGAUACAGGCCCCGGAUACUGGCCAGUUACGGCGUCAGCGCCGAAGAAGCUUGCCAAGGAGGCCACGGACAAAGCACCCAGAACCAAGCCACAAAUGAUACGGCUCGCUGAAGACGAUCCUCGCUAUGUCGAAUGGAAAGUCAAACUGGGAAUUAUUCUAAAGAUGGAGCUGUCACCCAAUCCUGAUGAAGGAAAUGCAUGGUUCGUAGAAUUCCCUCGCGGAUACUGGCCAUAUGAAAAAUCAAAGCAUAUUUGGGUGUCAGGAUACCCAGUCAAAUCGAAGUUGUUCAAGACCCCACAAGAGUUCGCAGCGCAUCUGAUAUGGCUCCUCUCGUCGUCGAAGGAAUACAAAGACUGCUGCUGUGUUCACUGCAAUUCACCCAACAUGGCAAAGCUUGCCGCAUCAAUGGACGAGAUAACCAGCAAUACACCGACGCUCCCGCCAGCAAAACCAGAAAAGAUUCUACCAAGGGUGACUCCAGUGCCAUUACCAACCAUUCCCGGACAGCCACCGCUGAGGCAACCAGAACCAUUGCCAAAGGCGCAGCCCGUGCAAGCCAAGCCAGACGCGAAGGUUGCAGCUCAAACGCAACCCCUGGCAGUAGCACAACAAGAACAACUUAACCAGCAACAGCAACAGCAGGCACGACACGCGCAGCUGGCAAGCCAACAUCAAGCACAGCAGCAACGCAACAUGGGAUGGUCGCUACAGUCACCCAUUUUAUUCCGAGUCGGAGAGCAGGUGUGGUUUCAAAAUGGCAAUACAUGGCGCCUGGGCAUAAUCGCAGCACAAAAUCCCCAGCAGCCUGGAGUUCACGAAUUGAUGCCACUGGGCAGCAGCCUAAUCCCGCAGAAAAAUGUUGGCAAGCAAGACAGGGAUAUGCGGCCCUUCCAGGCUUUUAGCGUCCCCCCCGUGGCGAUCGAGGAGCUGAAAGACAAGAUAUUUGACGAGAUACCGUGGCCCGAUAAGUUUCGCGAGUAUGGAGCAGAUCCCUCUAAGCGAGAUUUGCUUUUGCUUGACGCAUCAAAGAUGGCUGCAUCCAAAGUUGACUGGUCCAACUCGUUGUGGUCAGCCAUGUCGGAGGAUGUACAAGCCAGGACGACCACGUAUUACGGAUGUUUCCUGGGUGCGGAACGCAUCGAGGUCGGCGACUGUUUGAGAGUACGAAAUCUGCCCGUCGAGCUCAGCAUCGCGUCCGAGGACCUGGUCGUGAUGGGUCUACGAUUCAUCUACACGUCCGGCGACUUUCCUGGAGCCGUCUUCUUCCGCGGCACUCUCUACCAGCGUGCAGACCCGGGGGCCGACCCCGCGACGAUCGUUCCCAUGGAGCAGUUGCCCUUUGCCCUGCGCGACGAGUCACACUGGAGGAGCCAGGUGCAGCCGGCCGCCUUUCACGGCUGGGUCGUCGUGGGCGACGGCGUCAGGCUCAAGGAGAAGUCGGUCCGUGGCCGCUUUUACCCGACACACCGGAUCAUGCCCAUUCUCAACCCGUCCGUCUUUGAAGCUGCGGUGGCGCGUCGACAGAUUGAGGACCAGCACCCGUACCUGAACAGCCGAAUGGACGGCGUGGGACGCUACCUGGGCCGCCAAGUCAACAGACUAGAAACACUCGGAGCGAGCGUGCCUGCAGGUUCCAGAUUGAACCUGGAGCCUUUUGUGCGAGAGGAGAUGAGACGAGCAUGA